GUUGGGGUGGAACAGUAUGGCAAUACAGGAUAUCUUUAAGGAGUUUAAGGUCAUAGAAACAAUAAUUAGCUAUUUUAGAGACAAGCACAAGGCGAUCCGGUAUUUAAUGAUCUACUUAUCAAAGAAACUGAGAAAGAAAAAUUGGACAAUGUUGCCAAAGAUGCUGGAAAUAUGGAAAGAUAAAGUGCCCACAAUGAAGAAUAGACUCAAUAGCUCGUUUAUGAUAUUUGAGAAAGUGUUUAAGGAAUUUCCAUCAAUAAUGUUGUACAAAUUCGAGCUCUACCUCAGACCAUAUCAGAUGGAUAUCAUCCUAGAAAGAUUUAUGAACCAAAUGGCUCCAAAUUUCACUCUGAACCUUCAUAUCGCCCAAUCCCACGUCACAACCCUUGCCAAAUUCACUUUCUCCUUCAUUUCCAACCCAUGCCUCCAUUCCGUACUCCAGCACUCCUUCAUAACCUACUUCUCCCUCUACCCUUCCAUGAUCACCACUUUUACUGAAAAAUACCCCGAUUGCUCAUUCGGAUUCCUAAUCCGCAAGCUUGGCGGUGCAAAUUACUCAAUAGCCUACUUCCAACAGGAGAUCCCUCCUGUUGAAGAGUUCGCUUAUGAUUACCUGUGCAUGAAGGCAGUAGUGGGAUAUGAUAAUUUGUUCGUGGAUUUUUAUAUGAAUGGGAACAAGAAGGUUUAUUUGUAUGAGAGAAAUGAUGUGAUGAGGGCGAGAAGGGUGAAGAUCAAGCAUGUUGUGACGUCGAGUAAGGUUGACAAAAAGGUGUUCAAUAUUUUGAAGAAAUUUCCAAAUUUUGAAGAGAUAUAUUAUUGACUCAGAGGCUCAGGCCGACGAAUAGAAAAUCAAUUUCAGUACCUGUUAAGAGAGAAGCAGGAUGUUGACUUUAGGCUCUUAUUUGAGAGAAUUAACCAUACUGUUAAGCAAUGGGACUAUAUAGUAGCAAAAAACAUCCCGUUUUGGAUUUUAUCUGUGAAGAAAACACCAACAUGAGAAGAGGAAGAUCAGUAUAAAUUAACUCAUAUUCAAGUCCAUGCUGAUAUGUUGAAGCUCAGAGUUUUAAAAGAUGAUUCUGAAGAUUUCAGGCGAAUUUUCCCAUCAUACAUUAACGGAGAAAAAGAGGAACCAUAUAUUGCUACUGCUAGAGGAGAAGUUAUCAUUUCUGAUUUCAGUUGUAUUGAAGAAAUUCAGAACUUGAAAGUACUCAAGGUUUACAAAAAGCUGCCAAAGAGGAUAAAAAAGUUCUUUUGAAGAUACGAGCUUUCUACCCCAAAAGGUCUCUCAUGCUUGUUUAUUAAAAUGAGUGAUAUCAGUUCAGUCGAUUUAUAUCCGACAGAUAAAAAGCAUAAUCUUGAUGGGAUAAUUGACUAUGUGAAAACGAUUCGGUUUUUCUUUGUGAACUCCCAUAAGAGUAUCAAUCCUUUCCCUAUGCCAGGACCUACAGCUUUGCUUUACGACUUAAAUCCAAAAUAUAACAUAGAUCUGACUCUAGACUUGAGGAAGAAGAAAGUGGAGAUUUACAUGCUGGAUGACCCUAUUUUAAGAGACCAGGAGAUGCCUCAGAGAUGGAAUGAGAAACUAGUCCUCAGUGUGUGAUCCAUGUUGAACCUUUAUAACAUCCAUCACCUAGAAAUAUCAAAUAUCCCUGUGUUCCAAGGAAAAAUGCUGGAAUACUUCCACAUGAGAAUUAUUGAGAGCCAGAUGAAUUUCUGGACUUGUAAACUUGGUAUUUUUACCUACUUCAUCCGAAUGAAGAAGAGAAGGAGAGAAGUUUUCUUAAAACUAAAGCCACCGUUUAGGAAUAUAGGAGACGACCUGUACCUUGAACUAUAAUUUUCAAUAUCCUUUUCUAAACCA